GCAGCAACAACAACAGCAGCAUCAGUAUCAGUAUCAGUAUCAGUAUCAGCAUCAGCAUCGUGUUUACUAAAGUAAAUCAUCUGUCUUUCAUAAUGCAAGCAGCAAAAAAGGGACACGUCACCCCUGUAAAUCUGGAGAAUGAAGGUUUUCAGAUGAAGCCAGUGAAGAAGGAAGAAAGUGAUGAUGACUGUUACUUCUGUGAAGUAGCAGUAAUCCCUGUGGAACGCCUCGCCACAGUGAUCCAACAGUGUGGGGGUUUCCAAAAGAAGGCUGUAAAGAAUGAAGAACCUGCAGAUACAGAUGGACUCAGUGACGUAUCUAUAAUCUCUGUGGAAUACCGCGGCCCAGCGCGCCGGCAGCGUGGAGGGUUUCAGAUGAAACCAGAGAAGAAGGAAGAACCUGAAAAUAAGGAUGAAAUUGAAAUCAUCACAUGGACGGGCUCGCUACCCCCCAGGAAUCAUAUCAAGCCUGUAUACUCAUCUAAGGUGUUCCUCGGGGGGGUCCCCUGUGACAUGAAUCAGGCCGGCCUCAUCGCGACGUUCGCCGGCUUCGGCCCGCUGACCGUAACAUGGCCCGCUUCGAAAGGUCCCCUCAAACCUAGAGGGUACGUUUAUCUGGUAUUCGAAUCGGAGGACUCUGUGCGGGCGCUGCUGCAGGCCUGCACACAGAGCCAGAGUUCAGAAAGUAACAUGGAGUACUAUUUCAAGAUGUCCAGCAAGAGAUACUCGAGUAAGAGGGUCCAGGUGAGGCCGUGGGUCAUGGCGGAUUGUACCCAUGUCAGUGAGGACUUCAGACUCAGGCGGAGCUUUUCUGCUUAUGUCGGAGCGCUGCACGGGGGACUCUGCGCUAAAGACCUCAGCAUGAUAAUAAAUGAUUUGUUUGGGGGGGUUUCUUACGCAGAGCUCGACACGGACAAUCAUGAGUACCCCACUGGUUCUGGGCGUGUGAUGUUUAAUAAUAAAAGCAGCUACAUGAGGGCUGUGAGUGCCGAGUCUGUGGAGAUCAGGACCCCCAAAUUUAAUAAAAAGAUUCAGAUUGAUCCGUACCUGGAAGAGAAGAUAUGCCAGGUGUGCAGUCACCACCUGGGGGCGCUAUUCUGCAGGAACCAGGCCUGCUUCACAUAUUACUGCCGUUCAUGCUGGCAGAAGAAACACACAGAGGAGAGUUUGAUGGAUCACCUUCCUCUGAUGCGUAACCAGAGGAACAAAGAUUCCAGCUGAAUGCCUUGUUCAAGUCAGAAAGCACUGGUUCUGCCUGGACCCUACCACACCUCCCACCACACCUCCCACAACACCUCCCACAACACCUCCCAGGCAUCUCCAGCACCAGGAGAAAAUGUGUUUCUAUUUACAAACUACAGAGAAGUUGAUCAGUAAAACACUGGAACUCUUUUAUUUCUACUUUUUCUACUCGGUGAAAUAAAGAUGUAAGAGAAUGAA